CUCAGUCUUGGGAAAAAUGUGUUUUGAUUGAAUAAUCACCGGUUUCCAGUGCGGAAAUUGUUCCUACAGAAGUUUAAUAAUCGACAUAUAAAGUGAAAUUAUCGUAAUAAAGUGCUAACACACCCAAACAUGAACCAAGCCGAAGUGGCCAAGCUGAUGUCACAGCUGAAGGUUGCGGUCCGGCCCCGUCAUCGCAACUUGAAAAACAUCGACGGACCGGAAGGGCGGCUCGACAAGCUUCGCAAAACCGUGACGGCGCUGAUCAAACACGAACGGAUCGAGCUGAACUACCAGCGAGCGGAUGAAGCGCGGGGCUACGCCGAGCGGCUGAUCUCCGAUGCCAUCCGGUACGGGGAUUGCCACAAGCCGACGAUGGAAAUGGCCGACUAUUGGCUGACGGAGAAGCAGCUGGUGCACAAGCUAUUCAAGGUGCUGGCGCCCAGGUUCGAAGAGUACAAGGUGUCCGCCACGCGGAUGUACAAGGCACCGAAAGAAUAUCCCGGCUGGUAUCGGAAGCGGGCGGUACUGGAGCUGCGGGGGAAUCCGUAUCCUUCGCUGGUGCAGAAUUUGUACCAGAAUCGGAAUUUACUGCACAAUGUUUUGCUGGACGAGGCGCGGAAGGAUUUCCGCAAGGAAAAGUACGCGGAAAUUGCGGCGCAGAUUGGCGAGCAAGCGAAGGACACCGCGGAGAGUGAAUCGAAGAAAUGAGUGAAGUAGAUGUAGAGUUUUAAAAUAAAUAGCGUUAUACUUUG